CUACUUGGUGGAACGAUCGAAGUGAAAAUUAAAUGACUUAUCCGCCUCGAAUCCGCCUUUUAGUAUAUUCCAUUCCACCAUUCCGCUUUCACAUUUAAAGAUUGAGACGUGGGUGUUUCCGUGUUUCCUUGUUCUGUCAAUAUAAGGUCUUAAAUUUGUUCAUAACACAAAUCAAAGUUAGCAUCCCACACAUCCAAAACAAAAAUGUGUUCCAAGAAACCAGCACCUUUUAUUUAUGUUUUCUUGAUUAUGACAAUAAUCAAAUUCUCUUCCGCUGUAACUUGUCCGCCUGAUUUCGGAGAUCGAUGUAUUUGUGGAAAAGCAAAUUACAAUGGCAAGCCAAGGUUUUUGGUAAAUUGUACCAACACACAAUUCAAUGAUGCUGCCAUGCUUGAAAAAUUGCCAAUACAAACUGAAGUUGUAAUUUUCACAGGAAACAACAUCACUAGUAUGCCAUGGAAUGUAUUUGGGAAAAUGAAUGACUACCCUGAUUUAGAAGUAAUUGAUAUGACUAACAACAAUAUAAAAGAAAUUAAAGGAAAAACCUAUCACCAUGUCAGAAAUGUUAAGACACUCAUUUUAAAUCACAAUCAGCUAAAUAUCACAGGAGACAAGACACAUCCUAGAAUCUUCUCAAACUUUGUCAACCUAGAAUCUCUUCAUCUGACAAAUGCAUUUUCAGAGAGUGUAGACUCCAAAGAGUAUUUGGUUGCUUUAGAACAAAUCUUUGUUGGUUCUAAUUUGACAAAACUAUCUAAAGUUCAUUUAGAACAAAAUGAAAUUUGGUCUAUCAAAAAUCCAAAUAUCUUCUGCAGUUUACCAUCACUGAUGGAUAUUCAACUUGGAGAUAAUAACAUUUCUGAAAUGAACUUUAAUGUUGGCUGCAUUCAAAAUCUUAGAUUUAUUGAUCUGAGGAAUAACAAAAUCCAUAACUUAUCCAAUAAUACUUUAUCAAAAUUUGAAGAGUUACCUGAACAAGGUCUAGGAGUAAAAUUAGAUUUAAUGGGCAAUCCUUUUAUAUGUGACUGCCAAAUUGCUGAUCUCUUAAAUUGGCUUCGGACUACUAAGGUUGAUGUACUUGAAAAGGAGUCCUACAGUUGCUAUGAUGGUUUUCCAGUUUCUAACAUCAAUCAGCAGUUGUAUAAUGUGCAUCAGAUUCAAUGUGCUUAUGCCCCCAAACAAGAAUAUCAAGGAACCACAGUUCUGCUUGGAAUUCUUUUAUUUUUGAUGACUUCAUUGAUUUUAAUAAUCGGGUACAUGAACUUUACCAACGUUCGCGCUAGAACCGUGGCUUUGUGGGAGAAAGUUUUUCAUCGAGGUCAGUAUACCCACAUCCUUAGCAAACCAGAAGAACAAGAAGUUCACGUGUAGACUUAUCCUGGCAGCAAUUAAUAACGCAAUUCAUUUCAUAAUUUCCGUCCUCUUUUUUAUAUUCCGCCCCUUUUUCUCAAUUUUGAAAAAAUGUAUGCGAGCUGAUAGAUUUAGAUUUUUAGGAACACGGACGAGUAACAUUAACAAUCUUGUACAAUCAUGACUGAUGUUUCAAACUUGGCUCGGUUUCUUGAAAACUGUCUUGUAAUAAUGCAUGAAUUACGUUCAAAGCUAAUUGCCAUAUUCCUUUUUCUUUUAAGUGAUACUGUGCCUUAUUACUCCCAAGUAUUUUUCGUGGCUCGAUUUCACUGAAAAUUGAUGUUUCCAUUACUGAGUCUUGGACUGAACAACUUCCAGCAUACUGUUGCUUCCAUUGUUUGUAUUUCAUUAAUAAUCAUAGAUAAAUGUCUGAAGAAGACUACCGCCCUAUUUUUAUAACCUUAACCUUACAUUUUUGUAUUUCCACUUUACAUGAAAUACAUUUUCUUUGCUUUAGA